AUGGGCUCUAUGCCUUGUGUUUUUGGCAUCUACAACAUUUCUAACUCUCCGCUGUCUUUUCUAGUUCUGAUUCUUCAUUUUCAGUCACUUUCUGACAAAUACGAGGCUGGUUCACAUACUUUUUCUGAGCAUCUGAAGAAUGUCGCAGAGCGGAUCACACAUUAUCAAAAUUACUUCAAAGAGUUUGUCAAAUACACAGCAAGAGCAAAUCAGAGCAGCAAAAGCAUGCAGAAAGCACUGGAGCUAACAAUGGGAAUUCCACAACGGGUACACGAUCUCGUCUACACAACCAAUAUUGAACACUAUCCCGGUGACACGGGUAAACUCGGACGACUUAUUAGACAUGAUUCGUUCGAGGUAACUGAAGGAAAUGAACCAAGCAAGGAGCGUUACGUUUUUCUUUUCAAAAACAAAGUUAUGAUUACGGACAAGAACGAUCGGACUACGCCACCGACUUACACGCAUUACGCGACAAUUAGGCUAGAUAAGUAUACUGUAUCGUCACAUAGACUUGAUGAAGAUACUAUCGUUUUGAAGCCAAAUGAGCCAGGAUUACCCGAAUUUAGUCUGAAACCAAAAGAUCCUGGCACUGCAGAGUAUGUGCGGAAAGCAUGGUUGAAAGACAUUACGGAAGAACAGGAGGCAUACGGUAAGUAA